UUGGAACAGCAGAUGCCACAUGACUGCCAUCAGCUAUAUUGCCAUCCACUGUAUAGCCCUGUCUUCCUACAGCAGCAUCCCCUAUUCAUCGCUGCCUCCUCCUACUGAGUGAGGCCCAGGGAGGGGGCAGAGAUCUCACUCACAUAUACAGCAGUGUCUAGGAGCCAUCGCCUUGAUGUGAAGCUUCUCUGCCUGGAUCAGCAUUGAAUGCAGCAAGCCAGCAUGGUCUCCCUGCAGCCAGGACAGCAAUGAGCUCCCCACUGCCUCCCUCAGACCUGCAUCUAGGACCCCCACCCACAGGUCACCAUGCCUAAUUUCAGCCCGCUGACACUGUGCAUCUCUGCAACAAGCUUUGCCAUCUCCCAGUUCCUGUUUCACGUAGGAAGCUAUCGCCUCUCAACGCGUUUUACUGGUGGCUUCACCAAGCUCAGUGAAAAGCAGAAGAUUGAAUGGAAUUCCAGGACGGUGUCUACAUUCCACGCCUUGGUGGUCGGAUGCUUCUGCUUGUAUAUUUUAGUGUACGAUGAUGCCAUCAAUACUGAUCCAGUGUGGGGAGACCCUACUUUGGUGAAGUUGAAUGUUGCAAUAACUUCAGGCUACCUCAUCUCAGACUUGGUACUGAUUAUUUGUUACUGGAAGGCGAUUGGCGAUAAGUAUUUUGUGACGCAUCAUGUGGCAGCUCUGUAUGCUUACUACUAUGUACUGGGUGAAGGAUUAUUGCCAUAUUUUGGUAAUUUUCGUCUCUUAGCUGAGUUCUCUACACCUUUUGUCAAUCAACGGUGGUUCUUCGAAGUUCUGGGAUACUCCAAGCACUCCCUGCCUAACAUGGUGAAUGGAGUCUUGAUGACAAUCGUCUUCUUCAUUGUUAGGAUAGCCGUCAUACCCACCUAUUACAGGCGUGUCUUUUCUACCUUUGGCACAGAGGCGUUUCACAGACUGGGCUUUGGCGCGCAGUGCGCCUGGAUCAUUUCCAGCAUCUCCCUGGAUAUAAUGAACGUUAUGUGGAUGAUGAAAAUCACAAAGGGAUGUUACAAAGUCCUGUACCACCCUGAUGGUGCAUUGACCAAAACUCAGAAAAAUGGGAAAGCAGAAUAGAAGCAACGGCCUUUCUCAUGUCUUCCAUCCUUCAGAUGUUGCAGGCUCUGCCAAGACUUGCAUGUUUUUUUUUUCUCUCCCAGACAUAAAAUGUAUUUUAAGGAACUUCCAUAAUUACGUCACCUCGUUGUGUCCAUCCUUCAUAUUCUCACCCGGCACUUCCACAAACACUGUUCCAAAGAGCAAGAACUUAUUUUCUGGUUAUUUCAUCGCUACUGUAGAGUUCCAGAAUAUAACUCAGUAGGAAACUGAAAGGGUUUUUGUUUUAAAUAAAAAAAAGGCUUUGUGUGGUGUAAAAUCAAAGUCAACACAGUACUCGCCUUACUGAUCCCCGGCCGCGCCCAUUCUGCCACCUGGUCCCUCUCAACGCGCAGAAAAUGACUGCUCAGCUAAUCUGUCCAGAGGGACCAGAAAACAGAGCUGGCAGGGGACUGAGAAGCAUUGGAACGGGAUUGGCAGAAGAUCAGUAGGAUGAGAACAGACUUGUUUUAUUAUUUUACAUCAUGUGUAGCCCUUUAAAAAAAAAUGUUAGUGGCUGGAUAACCCCUUUGAGAUCCGCUCUAAAACGCAGUCUGCAUCUCGACACUCAGUGACCACCAUAUACAGUACUUCUUAUAUACUAAAAUAGAGGUUGGUUGGCAGGAAAGACACAGUUUUUUAAAUUUUUAUAUAUAUUUUUUUGCUAAUUUUGAAAGGUUUUGGCAAGGGCCUACAACCCCUUGCACAUAACAUUUUGGAGAUCUGCUGUUUUGUAGAUCUUUUUAGAACCAAAGGAGGAUCGGAUGGUGGGUGAUAUGCGAAAGGGGGGCAAUUCCAUCUGCCUUGUGCUUUGAACUAAUCCUCCUUUUGAUCUGAAAGGUGUACAGGAGAGGCGAUCUCCCAAAUCUGAAGCGGAUAGGGCCUAGCUAGGGUCUCCGCUGCUGUCAUAUUAAUCCAAUGCAAGGAUUAGCGGCAUAUAAAUGUCAUCCUUGUCGACAACUCAAGCCUUCAGGGGCGGACUGGGAACUUAAAGUGGCCCUGGAAAAAAAAAUACUAAAAGUGGCCCCGUUUUGUAGUCAGGUCCGAAUGGAUGGAAAGCAGGGCCAGCAAUAACAUAUUGUGGCACAUUAUACCACCCCAACAGAGCUAAAUACCACAGUCCAUCACAAAAUACAUCCCCAAAAACUUCCACUGGCUGGCCAUGAGGAGGGCUCAGUCGGCCCACUGGGAAAUUUCCCUGUAAGGUCUAUGGUCAAUCCGCCCCUGCAAGUCUUUAAGUGUUAAUGAUGUCCUACUCAAAAGAGGACCUGUCACGUGAUUUUUUUUUUUUCUAAAGCUAAUACUUUCAUCUGUAGUCUGCCUCCAGCAGACGACAUUACACUGUUUUUUUUCAGAUUGGCCCCUACAUUGUGCCGCCAUGGCACCUGCUCUGUUCUGAUGCCUACUAUGCCAAUCAGUACAGGGAGGAGGAAACCUCUGCUGUUCCCAGUGGGUGUAUUCUUCCCCCUGUCUGUGACGCUGUCCAAUCGCUUCGGGACUGAGCCGUUAUUGCGAGAUUUGGUACAUUUUGUAGGAACAGGCUACUUAAGAGAAUACUAUACUCGCUUAGAUAUCCUGUUCUCAUGAGCUUUACCAAGUUUUGCAAGAACACCUUGUCUUCUCCCUGGCUGUGAAGCGUCCUGAAGCGAUUGGACAGCGUCACAGACAGGGAGAAGAAUACACCCACUGAGAAGAGAAGAG